AAUAAGCUCCUCCUCUUGUGGAGAGCAGGCCUGACUGGUACAGACCGGAGACCGUGUCAUUUCCAUCCCGUGGUGCGUGGAUCUACGCGCCGAUCCUGUCGCUGUCGCUGAAUCUUCGUUUUAUCAUGGCUUUUCCACUGAUCACACGUCAGCUUGCUCUCUCCCUGCAAAAAAAUGUGUGGCUCGGUGCUUCAGGGUGCAGAUAUGUCAGCAAGACAGCAACAAAGACCCAGGUGGAGUUUGACUACAAUGGGCCCUCCAUGAAAACUUCAGUCCCUGGGCCACGAUCACAAGAGCUGACCAAACAACUGGGAGACAUCCAGAAUGUUGGUGCAGUAAACUUCUUCUGUAACUAUGAGGAGAGCAGGGGGAACUACCUGGUGGAUGUGGACGGCAACCGCAUGCUGGAUCUCUACACUCAGAUCUCCUCCAUUCCAAUCGGCUACAACCACCCUGCCCUCCUCAAACUGAUGACCAAUCCCAACAAUCUGAGUACAUUUGUGAACCGUCCUGCCCUAGGAAUCCUGCCGCCUGAGAAUUUUCCAGACAAACUCACUGAAAGUCUCCUCUCAGUGGCUCCCAGUGGAAUGACUCGUGUCCAGACGAUGGCCUGUGGCUCUUGCUCCAAUGAGAAUGCUUUCAAAUCAAUGUUUAUCUGGUACAAGAACAAGGAGCGAGGCCACAGUACACCCUCUGAUGAAGACCUCCGCACCUCCGUGAUAAACCAGGCACCAGGCUGUCCAGACCUCAGCAUUUUAUCUUUCAUGGGUUCUUUCCAUGGAAGAACCAUGGGUUGCUUGGCAACAACACACUCAAAAGCAAUCCAUAAACUUGAUGUGCCAACAUUCGAUUGGCCAAUCGCCCCGUUUCCCAGGCUGCAGUACCCACUGGAGGAAUUUUCCAGGGAGAAUGCACAGGAGGAGUCUCGCUGUCUGGAGGAGGUGGAGGAUCUGAUUGUGAAGUGGAGGCAGAAGGGGAAGCCUGUGGCAGGGAUUGUAGUUGAACCAAUCCAGGCUGAAGGCGGAGAUAACCACGCUUCCCCAGAUUUCUUCAGAAGCCUUCGCAACAUUUGCCGCAAGCAUGGCUGUGCUUUCCAUGUGGAUGAAGUCCAGACUGGUGGGGGGACCACAGGAAAGUUUUGGGCCCAUGAACACUGGGGCGUAGAUGACCCUGCUGACAUUGUCUCCUUCAGCAAGAAGCUUCUAACUGGCGGAUACUUCCAAAAGGAUGAAUUACAGCCUGAUAAGGCAUACCGUAUCUUUAACACGUGGAUGGGAGACCCAGCGAAAAACUUGUUCCUGGCUGAGGUUCUCAAUGUAAUUCGCAGGGAAAACCUUCUGGAGGAGGUGACCCGUUCUGGGAAAGCCUUGUUAAACGGUCUUUAUGAGCUCCAGGCUCAAUACUCCGGCAUACUAAGCCGAGCUCGAGGACAGGGGACCUUCUGUGCCAUUGACAUCUGUGAUGAUGAAACACGCAACCGCAUCCUGCUCAAGACCAGAGACAAAGGUGUCAUCCUGGGAGGGUGUGGGGAUCGAUCGAUUCGUUUCCGUCCUGCACUGAUUUUCAAGGAGUACCAUGCUCACAUCUUCCUCAACAUCUUCAAUGACGUGUUGGCCCAGCUUAAAUAAACCCUGACAACGGAACCUGAUUGCCACUACACAAGCCUGAGUUCAUCCAGAAUGAAGGGAGGGAAAACUCCAGAGAGUCCAUGUCAUGAUAACCACAAUCCACACAAUAAUAUACAAGAUUUAGAAAAUACACACAUAAACAAUAUCUGUUUCAAGACCCAGGGUCGGUUAAGAUUGGCCAGUCUUCAUCUCCUAGUUUUGGCCAGACACCCCAAAGUCUGUAGUGGAUGGGUAGAGUAAAGAGUAAUAUUGAUGUUCUUACCUGACAUCCCACAACUGCAUUUACUAAAAUGUAGCAGGUUGAUACUCAGACUAAGUUGCCAUUUUGUUUCAUGUGAAAUACUUGUGGAUUUCUAUUUGUGAGGAGCGGGUCCCGUCCACCAACAUCAUUUGCAUUCGGCACAGGAACUAGGAGCUGUUUUUUUUUUUUCUUGUUUUGUUUUUUCAAGCCUGUUGAAGAAAUAGGUUAAUUUAACGGGUAUUUCUGUAAGUCAACUUAUAACUACCUUAACAUCUGUGCUCAUCUCAUUUUUGUGCCUCUCUUAAUCUGGUUUACAAAGCUGUAAACAGCUUGGGUGUUUGUCUGACCAGGGAAGGAGCCAUUAAUGCGCACAACACCAGACCUAUUAGAGUCACUUAAUAAAUCUCAGGUGCCUGAGAUUUAGAGAUCAGGAACCAUGCUAAAAAUAUGUUUGUUCCUUUAGAUGGUAGCACAGCUUUAGAUAAUUGUAAAUGAGUUGUCAAAGAUGCAGACUCCUAAUGAACCUCCUUUAAUGGCUCUUGUGUACACCUUCAUUUCAUCUUUUUGCUUCUUCUUCUCAUGCCGGCUUUAUCCCACCACCUGACUCAGUCACUGGAGUGAUCAUAGUGACACUGUAUGUUUGUUUGAAGAAGGCAGACAGUGAUCCCUGACACAUCUUUGUGUCAGCGAUAACUCUAUGUAGGAACACUCAAUACAGCUAAGAUGCCAACCUGCAUGUCAUUGAAUGCCUUCCAUUUGAAAUGUCUUUGUUAUAAUUCUAUUGUGUUGCUCUUAAUAGGAAUGACUUUUCAGCUUGAAAUGUUGUAGCCCAGAAAAAUGUGACUCUUACACUGCCCGCGAAAACGUCAUAGAAUAUUUAGUGCCCGCAUGUUACUUAAAUGUGCUUGGUUUCUUUGCUACUGGCUCAGAUGGGAGCAGCCAUUGUUAACAUUAAUUCAUCAAAAAUUUUGAACACAUUUACUGCACUCUUGACCAAGAGCUUCAUAUUAGUUGCCACACUCAUUUUCUGGUGUCACUUCAUUAUGAUUUCAUAUUCAACACUACUCAGUAGUGACAGGACCACAAAAAUAAUGCUAGUAAAUUUGGAGGAGGAGAUCAUUUUCAGUUUCAAAACAAAAAUUAAAUGUGCUCCAAAUCCAAAAUUACUACACAUGGUAAAACGCAUACAAAAUUGAAAAACACUAACGCUAUGGGCUUGUGCUUGUACUUCAAGCAGUUAACUGCUACUAUUGCUCCUUGUUCAGUUAUUACAGUGGUUACCUUACAGGCAGUCUGUCCAAAUGUAGCCUACUUGCUAAAUCUUUGCAUUACAUUAGCUACAGUAAAUUAACUGGAUUAAACGUGUUGAUAAGAGAUUGGACAGUGACCUCAAGGACUGAGCACAAUUGGUCAGUAGUUGUUAAUAACUAACAGGUAACCACUCAGGGGUGUUACUAGCCCCUUGUGGGACUGUCUCAACCACUGGAAACCUUUUAUUUUGUACUAUGCUUUGAAGCCACUUCCAGUAAAACAUAAUUUGCA